AUGGAGGACCACCUGAGAAAAAUGAACCAGUUUUCUUCUGACACAUCUAAUGACUUCACAGAUGGACUGCAAGAAAUGAAUCCAGUCCGAGGUAAAGCACAUGUCGGCAGUUUGCUGUGUAACGUGUGCUCUGACUCAAGCAGUGGAAAACAUUAUGGCAUCUACACCUGCAAUGGCUGCAGCGGCUUCUUCAAGCGCAGCGUAAGACGAAGAAUCAUCUACAGGUGUCAGGCUGGAACAGGCAGGUGCCCUGUAGACAAGGCUCAUCGAAACCAAUGUCAAGCUUGUCGAUUGAAGAAAUGUCUCCAAGCUGGCAUGAACAAAGAUGCUGUGCAGAAUGAGCGACAGCCUCGAAGCACAGCCCAUGUGAGUCUAGACUCUCUAUGUGACCCUAAAAGAGAGCAUCUGGCCACCACACAGGAGCUCACUUCCUCUGCUUGCUACGCAUCAGUCAUCUGCAGACCCCUGGUCACUUCCUCCGUCCCCUCUGCCGCCAUGCAGCCCUGCAGCAACCCCAACAACUACCAGCGCUUUAUGGCCAGCCUGCUGACUGCAGAGACCUGUGCAAAACUGGAGCCCCAGAAUGCGGAGGAGAACAUUGAUUUCACAACCAAUGAUUCAAAAAGAGAUCGGACUCCCUCUGACUGUCGUAUGUCCCCGUACACCUCCAGCUGCUCAGAGAGUAUAUAUGAGACAUCAGCACGACUCCUCUUUAUGUCUGUCAAGUGGGCAAAGAAUUUGGCAGUUUUUGCUCACUUGCCAUUUCGAGACCAGGUGAUUCUGCUUGAGGAAGCUUGGAGUGAGAUGUUCCUCUUGUGUGCCAUCCAGUGGUCCCUGCCCAUGGACAGCUGUCCUCUUCUGUCUCUGUCAGAUCUUUCUCCCACACAUCAGGCCAAGCCCAGCCUGCCCAGAGUUGACCUGCGUGUCAUUGAAGAGGUCUUUAAUCGCUUUAAGGCCCUGGCUGUUGACCCCACUGAGUUUGCUUGCCUGAAAGCCAUUGUACUCUUCAAGCCAGAGACAAGCAGCCUCAAAGACCCGGAGCAGGUGGAGAAUCUGCAGGACCAGUCACAGGUGUUACUAGGUCAGCACAUCCAUUCACUAUACCCCAGCCAAAGUACCAGGUUUGGGAGACUAAUACUUCUGCUGCCAUCGCUCCACUCUGUGAGCUCGGAGAAAAUAGAGCAGCUGUUCUUUCACAGGAUCAUCGGCAACACACCCAUGGAGAAACUGCUGUGUGACAUGUUCAAAAACUAA